AUGACUCACCGCAAUCGAACUUCAGACGUUUCCAUCGCUUCCGACCUGGAGGAGGGGCCCACUGCAAACCCAUACGAUGUCCGCAACGAAAGAGGCCCAGUUCAUCGCUUCUUCACGGCCGAGUUCCAGUCAACUCUGCAGGCCGGUUUGGGGAUUGCCAAAGACACGUUAGCUGAGUUGGAGGGCUUGGACGGACUGGUGCAGAGCGACAGGGACUUGGAAAGGCUUCUGUCUGAUGCGAAAGAGCUAUGUGCUUUUCAGGGGACGGAUACGAAAACCAUCGCCGUGUUGGGGGACUCCGGAGAAGGUAGGCGCAAAAGCAGCUUGAUCAAUUCUCUGUUGCACUUCCCCGGGAUCGCCAAGACCGGCGACAUUGGCUCGGCGUGCACUUCCGUUGUCACCGAGUACUGGCAAAAGACGCGCGAGCAUACCGCUCCCAUCACCAUCGAGGUGGAGCACUUGUCCGGGUCCGCGACCGAGGAUGUCAUUAAGGAACUGCUGUGGAGCUACCGGCAGCUGUACCUCCCGGGCGUCGAAGACGAAGGAACCUCGGCUGAGGACUACGCUCGGUACCAGCGCGAGUCUGCUCAAGCUUGGUCCGCCCUGGAGGCCGCGUUCAAGCACAAGCCGGAGUUCAAGGAGGAGAUGCUGCGGGAUAUGUCGGAGGGUGCCAUGGAGCGGCUCACGGAGCAGUUGAUUGGAUGGUCACGGGAGAUCGAGUGGCCCGACGGCACUGGCGAUGGCGUCUGGCGGUCGACUGCGAACACGGCCGAGGAAUGUGCCAGGAAAACCGCCGUUUUCAUGCAGGACCGGUACUGGCCGUUCACCAAAGUCAUCCGAGUCUACCUCAACGCGCAGGUGCUCAAGACUGGCGUUGUUCUUGCGGAUCUGCCUGGCCUGCAGGACACAAACCUCGCCAGGGUGCGCGCGACACACGACUACCUACUGAAGUGCAACCAUAUCUUCAUUGUUGCCAAGAUAUCGCGAGCCAUCACGGACCGGUCACUACAGUCAUCGCUCUUCUCGGUUCUAUCGCGCCAUGUUCCGUUGGAAUGGGAGGAAUCAGCCGCUCAAAGCUUGAGGAUCGCCGUCGUGUGCACCAAGACCGAGGACAUUGACAUUAAAUCAGACAGGCGAGAAUUCUGCGGACCAGACAAAGUAAUCCUCGACUCCGUCAUGGACAACCUGGAGGCGCAAAUUGAGGACGCGAAGGCCAGGGGCAACAGGAUGCAAAAGAAGGCGUUGAAGCAACAGCGCGAGCUGCUCCUGAUCAACGCCCGCAACGCCCAUGUAACCUCCGGUCUGCAGGCAGCAUAUGCUACCAAAGCACCAGGCGGACGUCUGGACGUGUUCUGCGUCUCCAACAAAUGGUAUGACAAAUACUCUCGGAAGGGAAAUCGCGAACUUGUCCAGGCAAGCGGCAUUCCGGCUCUGCGGCAAUUUUGUCAUAGCCUCGCGGCCGAUGCGCAGCUCAGGGAGGCGAUUCAUUUCUUACGAUCGAGGGUAUUUACUUUGGUCAAUUCAGCGGAACUGUGGAUGGACGUGUUCGUUGCCGCAAUCAACACGCUAGUGGCCGAUUUCCGGUCCUGCUUUGUGGAGCAAGUCCUUAACAUUAUCGGUACGGAUGACCCUUUGAUGACGGAAGGGUUUAGUCUUAUGCUGAACAAGUUUGCAGAUAACCGACACCAGACCUGGGAAAAAGCGGCGCAUGCGGAGGCUAAGCCAUGGAGAGAUGUAUGGUCCACACAAUACGAUGCGUGGUGUCGCAACAAUGGCUACCACUGUACUCCAAAGCGCGGCAGAGUCGACUGGAAUGCCAAGAUCAUCUGGAAGCUGCGUGCCGAACUCGACUUCCAGUGGGACAUUGUCCAAGAAGAGAUUCGCAGUGUCUUCGACGAGUUACUGGCCACGGUCUCUGAGCAGUUUGGAGCACUCGAUACAGCCGUCUCGACGAUCCUCUCCACCACCGAUGGAUCCAGCGAAUUCUGCACACAGCUGUCGGCCAUCGUCGGGCCCAGGAUCGAGAGCAUGAAGUACCGCCUGACUCGGGCCCAAGAGAAGUUCGCCCGCGAUGUGAAGCAAAUUCGUCGUUACGCGUCCGAGCCAAGCCACGGCUCCUACAUCUUGGAUGCUAUGAUCCCAGCCUACAGAGUGGCUAGUAACCAAUACGGAACUGGCAAGAACAAGAGACAGAUCGACAUCAUCGAGAAUCGUAUUACAGAUGGCGUGCUAUUCCCAGGGGCUGCCAUUGCUCUCCAAGAUCGAAUAGACGCGCUUCUUCAACAGCUCAAGACGACCUUGACAAGCACUUUGGCGCAAGCUGUCGAGGAUGUCGCAACGGACCUUCGAUUUGUGCUCUCUACUCUCGUUGAGAUUCAGCGAAACGAUGUCGGGCAUGAAGCAGAGAGGACCAGAUUGGCUGAGGUCCGCGAGAGGUUGGGAAUGCUGAAAGUUCGGGCUGAGGAUGUAUGCAGGGCGCUGUCAAGUGAAGAGUCUUGA